AUGGAGGGCAGCCGCGCUUCUCCCCGGUACGGAUCCAUGGAAUCCACCCGGUGGCCGCCGGCCGGAGCGGGGCCAGAGGCCGAGAUCGUGUCCAUGGCCGACUCCACCACCACCGUCGAUGACAUCGAGGGAGAGCUCUUCAGGAUCGAGCGGAUCCGGGAGAUCCUGGUGCGCAGGGAAUCAGAGCUGCGCUACAUGAUGGACGACAUCCAGCUUUGUAAGGAAAUCAGCCGGCUGAAAACAGAGCUCCAGAAACUCCUGGUCCUGCCAGAGAACCAGAAAUCCAAUGAGGAGAGGCAGAGGGAAGAGGAGCUGGUGCAGCAGAUCCACAAGCUGGUGGAAACGCGGGAUUUCCUGGUGGAUGACGUGGAGUUUGAGAGGCUCAGGGAAAGGGAAGAAGACAAGGAAAUGGCCGAGUUCCUGCAGAGCAAGCUCUCCAAAAGCUACCUCCAGAGAGCAACUCCUGUCCGAGAGAAGAAGAUGACAUCGAGGGGACAGCAAACCUCGGCUCCCUACAUGAGCAAGACAGGCCUGACCCUGCUCAAGGAGUGCUGUGGCUUCACCUGCUCCAUCAUGUAG